CCUUCGCCGUUUCUGUCGUCUCAUUUCUGUCCGUCACUUUCCGUCUUUGUCUGUACUUUUGCUUUCUUCUGUUUUUCGUGUGAUUGGGUUUUAUUUAUACGUUUUUUAAAAUUAGUUCUUCCUGAGUUUCUGUCUUUCCUUGUUGGCUUUUCUGUUAAGUUUGUGUCUUUCCUUCACUUCAGGUUUCUGCUGACAGCACUGGAGGCUAUUUUUUACUUUCUUAGGUCUAGAUUCUCUGCUUGUUUUCUUAAAGCCACUUAUUUCAUAUUCAUGGUGCUAUCUUCAGUUAUUUUUCUCUACGUAGCCCCUAAAGCUUAUCAGCUGCCGCUUUAUCUGCUUCUCCUCUUCACCUUAAAGGAACAUCCCUCUAUCUUCUUCUCUUCCUCUUGAACUUGACCUUGCUAGUAUCUGAUCUGCACCUCUGUGUGAUGGGAAACAAGGAGCUGUUUUCUCUCUUGAAGGGCUUUCUGGACUGCAUUUGUCUCCGCCUGUCACAGAGAAGCAUCAACAUUGAAGCUGAAAAUGAGCGGGACUCUAAAAAUGGCCACCUGAUAUACGACAGCGGGGACAUCCUGGAGGACAGAUAUGAGGUGCUUGACACGCUGGGAGAGGGAACCUUCGGGAAAGUGGUGCAGUGUCUGGAUCACAGCAGAGGAGGAAGACCAGUAGCUCUGAAGAUCAUCAAGAACUUGGAGAAAUACAGAGAAGCAGCCAAGCUGGAGAUAAACGUUCUGGAGAAAAUCCGGGCCAAAGAUCCUGAGAACAAGCAUAACUGCGUUCAGAUGCUCGACUGGUUUAACUUCUGCGGCCAUGUGUGCAUCUCAUUUGAGCUGCUGUCCCUCAGCACCUUCGACUUUUUGAAAUCAAACAACUUCCUGCCGUACCCCAUUAACCAGAUCCGACACAUGGCGAGCCAGAUCUGCCACGCUGUCAGCUUUCUCCAUGACAACAAGCUGACUCACACCGACCUGAAGCCUGAGAACAUCCUCUUCGUCAACUCCAACUACUCCCUCGUCUACAACGCUGAAAAGAAAUGUUGUGAACGGAGGAUAAGAGACACAACGGUGCGGCUGGUCGACUUCGGCAGCGCCACCUUUGAACAAGAACACCACUCUCUGGUCGUCUCCACUCGUCACUACCGAGCCCCAGAGGUCAUACUGGAGCUGGGUUGGAGUCACCCGUGUGACGUUUGGAGCAUCGGCUGCAUCCUGUUCGAAUACUACGAAGGCUUCACACUCUUCCAGACUCAUGACAAUAAAGAGCAUCUGGCGAUGAUGGAGAGAAUCCAGGGACCAAUUCCUCUGAGAAUGAUUCAGUGGAGCAGGAAGCGCAGGUAUUUCCAUCAAGGUCAUCUCGACUGGAAUGAAAGCUCCAAGGCCGGACGCUACGUUAAAUCUAAGUGUAAACCACUGAGGAACUACCUGUUAUCACACGGGAGAGAGCACCACCAGUUUUUUGAUCUCCUGGAGCGGAUGCUGGAGUACGACCCGGUGAAACGGAUCUCUCUCCCCGCCGCUCUGAACCAUCCCUUCUUCCUGCCGCCCAGUCAGUCUGCACGGACUCAGGCCUGGAGGAACAGCUGGGACAACAGCAAAUGACCCUUAAGAGCUUUUUAACGCUUCAUGGACCACAUGGAUGUGUUUACAGGUUUACAACAAAUUGUUCUUAACACUGUAUUCGUAUUGUAAAAGAGAGUAAAUGAGGGCUCACAGAUUAGGCAGAAGAUUAAUUUAUUUACAAAUGAAGAGGUGGAUGUUGUGCUGAGGAACGUUUAAAUUGGAGUGAGGCUGAGCUGGAUUGCAUCGACUGAACACUGAAGGUUUGAAACUGGUAAAUAUCUGAACAAAGCCUUCUUUAUUCCAAAGAAUACAAAUCCUCUUUAUUAGAUUUAUACUCAAACAAACUGUGAAGGAAGCUUUUAGCUUUACGGAUCCUGUUCUUCUUUUACUUUGCCUUAUUUGUUCCAUGUUGCAUCGUAAAAGUUUAAGCAGUUUUACUGUUAUUUAGAUGAGAUCCAGUGUCAAACACUAUAAAAAUGGACAAAAAUUAGAUAAACUGCUUAGAGAAAUGCAGCUAUUUAACAAAAGGGGAUUGGUUAUAAAGAGGUUUGCUUUCAUGCACUUAAACGGAGUUAAAUCAGGGAGAAAUAGGAGCAGUCUUCAGCUCACAUGUGGGAAGAAAAGGAAGUAUAAAAUGACAAAAUAUCACAAACUGUGUGACUAUAUUUACAUUUUAAAGCAAGAAAAUGCAAAACCUUAAAUUUAUGUUUACAUUCUGUCAUCUGACAAUAAUAACGUCUGUGUUUUUUUUAUUAUAAAUUUUGUAUGAACUGACAUUUGUGAUCGAAUAAUAAAUGAGUCUCCUGGCUCGAUGAUGAAUCCACUUCA